GACUCGCGAGACCUGAAAGUGGUAACACGUUUGCGCCUGCGCAAUACCAUUCGAAACCUUUACAGUGAGCGUGAGCGACGCCGUGGAGGAGAAAGACGAAGCGAACAAAACAAGCAAUGGCGACCGCAGCGACAACGGCAGGAGGAACAGGUUCAAGCGGAUCGGCCAGUGGCCUAGUCGGCGGCGGAACCACAGUGGGACGAAAGAAAGACGGCGGUCCGUCCACAAAAUUCUGGGAAAGCUCAGAGACGAUAUCCCAGUUAGAGACGGUACGGCUGUGGAUCGGAAAGCACUACAAGAAGUAUGUUCAGAAUGACUCCCCUUCCAGUAAAUCCUUGGCAGGCCUGGUGGUCCAGCUGCUGCAGUUCCAGGAGGACGCAUUUGGACGAAGGGUCAACAAUCCUGCUCUUACCAAGCUACCUGCCAAGUGCUUCCUGGAUUUCAAGGCAGGAGGUGCUCUUUGUCACAUCCUGGGGUCGGUCUACAAGUUUAAGAGUGAGCAAGGCUGGCGCCGGUUCGACCUACAGAAUCCCUCCCGAAUGGACAGGAACGUGGAAAUGUUCUUAAAUGUAGAGAAGAACUUGGUGCAGAAUAACUGCUUGACUCGACCCACCGUCUUCCUGUCACCGGAUAUCGAGCAGAAACAGGCCAGUAAGCUCAAAGACAUCAUCAAAAGGCACCAGGGCUCUAUUACUGAAGAUAAGUCGAAGGCCACCCACCACAUCUACCCUUCUCCAUCUCAACUAGAAGACGAUGAGUGGCUUCGUCCUGUCAUGAGGAAAGACAAACAGGUGCUGGUGCACUGGGGUCUCUACCCAGACAGCUAUGAUACCUGGGUAUCAGCCAAUGAGGUGGAUGGUGACGUGGAGGACCCACCCAGCACUGACAGACCCUGGAAGGUCCAUGCCAAAUGGGUUUUAGACACUGAUGCCUUCAAUGAGUGGAUGAAUGAAGAAGACUACGAGGUGGAUGAGAACAAGAAGCCAGUUAGCUUCCGCCAGAGGGUCUUCCCUAAGGAGGAGGAGUCUUCCCGUACACCCGAUCGCAAGGAAAACAGCACUCCUGCAGAAUCCCGCAAGAAGGGAGGAAAGAAGGGGAACCUGGGGCCUCACUGGAAGCGACGGGGCCACAGAGGUGAAGAAGAGGACACAGAGGAGGACAUGACCAAGGACAUGGAUGACUCAUCAGCUGGUGCCAGCAUGGAAGAGGGCAGCAUCUCCAAGAAUGCAAAUUCAAAGAAAGACAGUGAAAACACUCCGUUAAAAGGAGGGAAUGUGGCCGACUUGGAUGACAUGGAGGAUGACUCUGUGCUGUCUGGUGGAAAGGAUGAUGAGGACCAGGGUAAAGCUGAAAUCAGCCGACUGAUAGACUCUGGUGAGGACAACGUGACUGAACAGACUCACCACAUCAUCAUCCCCAGCUACGCUGCUUGGUUUGACUACAACUGUAUCCAUGAGAUUGAGAGAAGAGCCUUGCCUGAGUUCUUCAACGGAAAGAACAAAUCUAAAACUCCAGAGAUAUACCUGGCCUACCGGAACUUCAUGAUCGACACAUAUCGGCUGAACCCUCAGGAGUACCUCACCUCCACCUCUUGCCGUAGGAACUUGACUGGGGAUGUCUGCGCCAUCAUGAGGGUUCAUGCGUUCUUGGAGCAGUGGGGUUUGGUGAACUACCAGGUUGACUCAGAGAGCCGCCCCUUACCCAUGGGCCCUCCACCCACACCACACUUCACUGUGCUGGUUGACACACCCUCUGGUCUCAUGCCCCUGAACCACCGACCCACACCAAUUCCCCCUCCACAGCCAAUGCCCAACUUCACAGACAAAGGCAAAGACAAGCCCAUUGACCUGCAGAGCUUUGGCCUUCGUGCUGACCUCUACAAGAAAAGCUCCAAGGGUAAAGCGGCCGGCUCCACCAGGGAAUGGACUGAGCAGGAGACUCUGCUGCUGCUAGAGGCCCUGGAGAUGUACAAGGACGACUGGAACAAAGUAUCGGAGCAUGUUGGUUCACGCACCCAAGAUGAAUGCAUCUUGCACUUCUUGCGUCUGCCUAUUGAGGAUCCAUACCUGGAGAGCACCGAGGCCACUCUGGGCCCAUUGGCCUACCAGCCCAUCCCCUUCAGCCAGUCUGGAAACCCAGUCAUGAGUACAGUAGCUUUCCUAGCUUCUGUGGUCGACCCCAGAGUGGCGUCUGCUGCCGCCAAGGCAGCCCUAGAGGAGUUUUCUCGAGUACGUGAGGAGGUCCCAGCGGAGCUGGUGGAGGCUCAUGUGAAGAAGGUUCAGGAGGCAGCCAGGAGCACAGGAAAGGUGGACCCUGCCUUCGGCCUGGAGAGCAGCGGCAUUGCUGGCACUGCUCCCGAGGAGCCAGAAAAGCCUGAAACCACGGAGCCAGAGAAGAUGGACACGGACACAGAAUCCCAGCAGGCCGAUAAGGUGGAGUCAAAGGAUGAUGCAGAGAAGCCCAGUGAGUCUGCAGAGAAAGGCGACAAGACAGAGGCCACAGAAAAGGUGAAGAAGGAGGGGACGGAUGCGUCAGAGCGUGAGGAGGAGAACGAAGAGGGAGGGGAGGCCAAGUCAGCUCCAGCAGACAAGGACAGAGAGGAGACUAUGGAGACAUCAUCCUCAGAGCAGGAGAAGGAUAAAGAAGAGAAGGCAGCUACAGAGGAGGGAGAGGACAAGAGGAAGAAGCUGGAGCAUGACAUCGGAGAGGGAAACAUUGCCACUGCAGCCGCUGCUGCUCUGGCAUCUGCAGCCACCAAGGCCAAGCACUUGGCAGCGGUGGAGGAGAGGAAGAUCAAGUCCCUGGUUGCUCUGCUGGUGGAGACCCAGAUGAAGAAGCUGGAGAUCAAGCUGAGGCAUUUCGAGGAGCUCGAGACUAUCAUGGACCGAGAGAAAGAGGCUCUGGAGCUUCAGCGGCAGCAGCUGCUCACCGAGCGUCAGGCGUUCCACAUGGAGCAGCUCAAAUAUGCUGAGAUGAAGGCGAGGCAGCAGAUGGAGCAGGAUACAAUUAGAGCCGAAAUUAUUUACUGGUGGGCCCUCACUGCCCACACCAGUUGGGCUCCUCUUUACAGUCUGUCUCAACCACUCAGUCCCCCAGGAAAUAUUGUGGAGACCAAUGUCACUGAGCCAGACAGCACAGCCAAUGUAACCUCCCUGCUUAGCGAGGAAGAGGGGCUUUUCAAGGUCAGUGAAGUCACUGCUGCAGUGACUGGAAUGAGCAGCUCGGUCAGUCCCAGCAUGACCAACACUGCGACCCCAAAGGCAGACCAGAUCCCCCUCCCUGGCGAGGUGGAGGAGCAGAGCAGCGGCAUGUUUGGUGAAACGGUGGCUCCUAUGGUGGAGGAUGUGGCCGUGGUAGUCUCGCCUCAGCUGAGCCCCGAUUCAGCUGAGACAGAACACCUGCUGCCUAGCGACACACAUGACCAGGAUGUUACGAAGGGUGAGGAGGAAGAGGAGGAGGAGGAGCACCUGCCACACACUGACCUGCCUUGGAACCAUGCUAAGAACACAGCCAUGUUUGACCUGGACAACCCUUUCACCACCACUGUCCCGCCUUCUCCUGCCACCAAUCCCUCUAACUCCGAAGUCCUCCGUGUAGACUUCUUCGACCCCUUCUCUCGUGGGCGCAACCUGGACCUAGCCCUGCCCUCUCCUUCAUUACAUGAACUUCAGGGUGGCGAGCCAACCUCCUGGGCAAUGCCAGACAACCAUAAAUACACCACACCCUAUGGGGACAGCGUGUCCCUCACUGCUGAUGAGUACAUCUACAGCACCACGACUGACACCUAUGAGCGUGACGAAGACCUCCGGCUGCCUGCGGAGUCUCCAUCUCACUCCAGGCCUCAGAUCCCAGGAUCUGGCUCCUUCAACUCAGGGGUGGCACGUCCUGGUUUGGGAGCUCCAGUACCAAACAUCCCUGCGGAGGCUCCUCUAGGGUCCUCAUCAGUGAACGGGUCAGAUGGUUUGGGCGGAUGCCGUGUGGGCUACCAGAUGGUGAACGGAAGUUGCCGCUCACCUUGUGACAUGCUGCCCAACUACUGCUUCAACGGGGGACAGUGUUACCUGCUAGAGAGCAUGGGAGUCUUCUGCAGAUGUAAUGUCCAGGAUUACAUCUGGCAUAAGGGUGCUCGCUGUGAGUCAGUGGUGACCGAGUUCCAGGUGAUGUGUCUGGCCGUGGGUGCCUCGGCCAUAGUGGUGCUGCUACUCUUCAUGAUCAUCGUCUGCUUUGCCAAGAAGCUCCACGUGCUCAAGACGGAGAACAAGAAGCUGCGCAAACGCAGUCCACAUAUCGAAGUGCCCCUUGGCAAGACAAUGAAGCCCAAGUUGCUCCAGGUCAGCGCCUUGCAGGGCAGCACCGCCACCAAUGUCAGUAAGUACCGGCCUUCAUCGGAGCAGCACAAUGAUAAUUUCUCCCUGUCCACCAUCGCUGAGGGCUCCCACCCAAAUGUAAGGAAACUGUGCGACACCCCUCCUAACGUCCCUCAUGCCCGUGCAUUGGCUUACUAUGAUAACAUUAUCUGUCAGAAAACCAUGAGCAGAUACACCUGGGAGUGUAAGACCAAAGAGGAGUCCGACUGUGAGGAUGAUCCUAAUUCCCAGAACAAGCUGGAGGAUCCGGUGAAGGCCCCACCCAAAGAGGAUGACUCACUCAACAUCCACAAUUCUCUGACCCCCAAACAUGAGAACCAUAAGGUCCUGGGUGAGGAGAACUCCUCUGAGGUAAACUCACUGCAGAACAACAUGAUUUUUUACAUGCCAGUAACCAGUUUCUUCCUGCACUGUAAGGUGACCAUUGACUUGGAGCUGCACCUUGCCAAGAGGACUAAGCUGAGACCCUCCAGAGCUCUUGUUGCCCACUAUGACAUCUACCUCUACAGGAGCCAUCAGUACUCACUUGCUGCCAAUCUCCAUGCUCAGCGAGCUUCAGUGAUUGACAUCAUGGAUUCUCAGCCCGCACACUCUCUGAAGAACUGCUCCUCUUAUAGCUCCUGUUCCUGGCUUUCAUCUUGA